UUAUCCAAACCGGAACAAUUAUUCCACCUAACAAAGAAGCGUUGAAUUCAGCGGCCACUCGACUCUGAGUCUCUGAAACUGACACUGCCACCGCAAAAUCACUCCGACGUCUCAUUUCGCCGGUGGCGAAUAUCUCUCCGUCUUCUCCAUUUCCAGCUUCCUCGGAGCUCUCCGGAGAUGGAUGCUGCUGCCGUGGCUGGAUCGGCCGUCGCCGUUUUCAAGUCCGCCGGAGUUUCACUGAAGAAACUAGCCAAUUUCCGGGAUGUAUCGUCGCCGUCUCCAGUGAAGUUCCCCGAUUCUCUCAAAUUUCAGCACCGAUCCGCUAGAUCCUUCUCGUCGGGCAUAAGGGCAGCAGCUUCAACAAUUGAAAAUAUUGGAACUGAAGCAGCACAGAAUGUGGAAUCUCCUGUUGUAGUUGUCACGGGAGCAUCCAGAGGCAUUGGCAAGGCAAUUGCUCUGGCUUUGGGGAAAUCUGGUUGCAAGGUUCUGGUUAAUUAUGCGAGGUCAUCCAAGGAGGCAGAAGAAGUUUGCAAAGAGAUAGAAGCAUCUGGUGGGCAGGCUCUUACUUUUGGUGGAGAUGUUUCAAAAGAAGCAGAUGUGGAGUCUAUGAUUAAAACUGCAAUUGAUACAUGGGGAACAAUAGAUGUUAUGAUCAAUAAUGCAGGUAUAACGAGAGACACAUUAUUGAUGAGAAUGAAGAAAUCUCAGUGGCAGGAGGUCAUUGAUCUAAAUCUCACUGGAGUUUUCCUCUGCACGCAGGCUGCUGCUAAAGUAAUGAUGAGGAAGAGAAAAGGAAGAAUUAUUAAUAUCUCGUCUGUUGUUGGUCUUGUUGGAAAUGUUGGGCAAGCCAAUUAUAGCGCGGCUAAAGCAGGAGUAAUUGGAUUCACAAAGACAGUCGCCAAAGAGUACUCUAGCAGAAACAUCACUGUAAAUGCAGUUGCUCCCGGAUUCAUAGCCUCCGACAUGACUUCUAAGCUUGCAGAAGAUUUCGAGAAGAAGAUACAAGAGGCCAUCCCAUUGGGACGCUACGGCCAACCAGAAGAAGUUGCUGGGCUAGUGGAGUUCUUGGCACUUAACCCCGCAGCAGCUUACAUCACCGGACAGGUACUAUCCAUUAAUGGAGGAGUGGCCAUGUGAUGUUGAACUUCAUUUCUCCCACAGCAGCUUAUGCAGGAGAAGCUCACUGCUUUUGAACUAAACCGAUUUGAAAGAUAUAGGCAAAGUUUCGAAUCGUCAUGUUUGAUUUUUGCUA